AUGAAACUUCAGAAAUGUCUCCGUGACAGAUCAACAGUGAAUUAUCGUGACAUGGCGCCAGAAUCCUUGACUAAACCAAGUAAAAGUGGCACAUUAACUAGUAAGGAUAGAAAUGACCCGGGUCUUUUUAACAAUUGUGGCACUUCCGUGGCAGAGAGCGAAGGCUCAGACCGUCUUAACAUCGCGAACAAUAGCUCGAGGGAUCGUAUGAUGUGUGAAAAAAAUGUCCAAUCUAAUCCACAAUAUCAAUCACAACAAUCAGGAACCAUGCAGCAGUUCAUGCAAGACGGUGUGUCAAACGUCAACCAAUAUUGUGGUUUCAUUCAAAGUAAGGAUUUGUCGGGUAGCGCGUUUUCGACCAAUCCCGCCAAUUCCUCUCUGGAAGCGAUUUGGAGUAACAAGGAUUCUCCUCAUAUUCAAUCUCCUCAAAUUUCCUCUCCGAAUCUCCAUUCAUCAAACCAUAUAACUUACUUCGAUCCUUCAAAUUCGGAAUUAUUCACCGCUCACUUAAACAAUUCAGUUAUUACGUCCUCUGUUAACUUAGAGAAUUUAAGUUAUGUCCCCAGCAACAAUACCUCCGAUAGGAUUCCUUCCUAUGUUAAUACACCAACGAAUUAUCUUUCCUUAUGCACCUCCCCAACGAUAUCUGAUCCUCAAUCAUCAUGCCUCAGUGAUAACAGCACGAGCAUGAGCGAAAGUUGCGCUUCACCAAGUAUUUCGGGUAAGAAAAGAAGUUACGAACCAGAAAAUACAACAGCAAGUGUCCCUAAACAACGUAAAUUACAUGGUAGUCAUCCUCAGGAAUUUGCUAAUUUACUCGACAAAUCAUUUUCUCCUGUAUGCGACGCUCCGCAUUCCGAAAUACUUAAUCCCUCUCCCGACAUUUUCCUAAAAUUCGAUAGGAUCGAAUUUUUCAGUCACAUGAAUAAAAGGCUCGAUUACCUGGCAUUGUCCAUAAAGAGAUCUCUAGGGCACUCAUCUGACUAUGAUGACAUUACGAAAUGGGCAAGGCUAUAUAAAUUGUUUAAAGGAGAAUGUUUACAAAUUAAAAAUUUACUGGAUGCCUCAGAAUUUAAGUCCAUAAAUUCAAUCAAGUUCGCAAAAGGAAGUCAAUUUAUUCAAGAUGAUGUCGACAAAGAUCUACUUAAUUUAGUGCCUGAGCAUGCAAUUCUGCAGAAUCCGCAUCCACUAAAAAUCAAUAAAGAUGGGAAUGAGGGAUUCCGAUCGAUCGCGCUCUUGUUAAGGUCUCCAGUUGGUGAAUGCUUUCAUGAAGAGUUAAGAGUGAGGGCCGUUCUCGAGAUGGUGAAUCACGAAAAAAACUUCAAUAAUUUCAAAAAGCAUACUCAAUUAAUUUCCCGGCAAGUCGAUCAAUUCAUUUCUCUCGAGGUAUAUCCUGAUUACUUUCAGAAAGACACUUUGGAGAUGCUAAGCCGUUUUAAAUGCCUAACACAGAAUGCCCCGGAUUAUCCGACACAGAUGUGGCAAAUCGAGGCUUUGCACACCAGUAUUAACACCUCGAACAUUGGUGUGCCUCAAUUAUUUGUUUUAUCAAGACUCUUGAAGGCAAGAAUUCACGUGGUUCACCCUGACGGAAAAAAUCAAUACUUUAAGGAACCCAUACCACAAGGAGAUAAAAUUAUUACGAAUUCGAGAAUUUUUCACCUGCUUCUAUACAAUCCACAAAGGUUUGGUGAUGAUAAUAAUUAUUCUCACACGCUCUUAGACAAUUAUUGCAUUGCGCCUCUUGUCGAGCCUUCUGAGAUUAUUCGUAUGCCAAAUUUUGCGAAGAUCGCUAGUGAUUCUCAUUCUAAUUGUGGACUGUAUUGA